ACCAGAAACGCUGCGUCGACGCGAGGGGCACGUGGUGAGGACGGUUUGGCGCAGUCUCCGCUCGGUCAAACUUCACCAUGUCGGCAGGUUCACCGCAAUCGGCAGGGCGGCGUAGUAAAUGGGAUUGUCCAGAAUCCGUUCCAGUGUCAAUGGCAGUAUCAAUAGAGUCACAGAUGAAUAAUUUUCCUGUCACAAUGUCUCAAGUUGCAGUUCAUGGUGUAAGUCUCUCUGGUCCACCAUCAGUCAGUCAGUCUCAGUCUUCGUCAGAGGCAUUAGAUGCAGCUGCUGCUGCCGCAGCUAGGAUUAAUGCCAUGUUGAUGGCAAAAGGAAAAUUGAAGUUACCACAAACUCCAAAUAACAAACCAAAGUCUUCAAAAUCAACGUCCCAUGCAAAGAAUAAAGAUGAUAUGGUCGUUGCUGAAAUUGAAAUUAAUGAUGUACCUAUUGUCUGUAGAAAUCUACUUACACGAGGUCACACACAAGAUGAAAUAAACAAAAUUAGUGGUGCUGCAGUUUCCACCAGAGGCCGUUAUAUGAAUGCCGAUGAGAAGCAAAUAGCAGCACAAGGGUAAUUGCAUUUUCUAGUUUAUUUGAGCAUUGUGCUUCAGGGCCUAAUAGGUUUUCCAUAUUGAGUUGACCAUUGUGUUUUAAUUAAAAACAAUUACACAUUAAUGAUUUAAUUUCUCUUAACAUAAAAAUGGAA